GGCAACAGAGUGGGAGAAGCGUCAUGCUACGGAAACCUAGGAAAUGUGUUUCAAUCUGUCGGAGAAUAUGCCAAGGCUGAAGAAUAUCUUCAUAAAGCACUUACCAUCAACACAGAAACUGGCGACAGAAACGGAGAAGCGAGAUGCUACGGAAACCUAGGAAAAGUGUUUCAAUCUGUCGGAGAAUAUGGCAAGGCUGAAGAAUAUCUUCAUAAAGCACUUACCAUCAACACAGAAAUUGGCGACAGAGUGGGAGAAGCGUCAUGCUACGUAAACCUAGGAAAUGUGUUUCAAUCUGUCGGAGAAUAUGCCAAGGCUGAAGAAUAUCUUCAUAAAGCACUUACCAUCAACACAGAAAUUGGCGACAGAAACGGAGAAGCGACAUGCUACGGAAACCUAGGAUAUCUGUUUCAUUCUGUCGGAGAAUAUGCCAAGGCUGCAGAAUAUCUUUAUAAAGCACUUACCAUCAACACAGAAAUCGGCGGCAGAAACGGAGAAGCGACAUACUACGGAAACCUAGGAAAUGUGUUUGAAUCUGUCGGAGAAUAUGCCAAGGCUGAAGAAUAUCUUCAUUAAGCACUUAUCAUCAACACAGAAAUUGGCAACAGAAAGGGAGAAGCGACAUGCUACGGAAACCUAGGAGAUGUGUUUCAAUCUGUCGGAGAAUAUGCCAAGGCUGAAGAAUAUCUUCAUAAAGCACUUACCAUCAUGACAGAAAUUAGCGACAGAAACAAAGAAGCGUCAUGCUACGGAAACCUAGGAGCUCUGUUUUUACAUGUAGAAGAAUAUGGCAAGGCUGAAGAAAAUCGUCAUACAGCACUUACCACCAACACAGAAAUUGGCGACAAAGACGUCGGAGAAGCGUCUCGCUACCUAAAGCUAGGAAACACAUCUCAAGCCUUAUCGGAUCUCUGGUCAAGCAUUCAAAUUUACGAAAAAAUGCUUACUUCUCUAGGAAGCAAAGAUAGCCACAAUAUAUCAUUUUUUGACAAGAACGCGUCUCCCUAUCGGCUGUUUUGUUCAUUGAGUUGUUCUUGUGGGAAACCCUAUGAAGCUUUACACGCUGCUGAACUUGGACGGGCCAGAGCUCUAGCAGAACUUAUGUCAAAUCGCUACUCCAUUGAAAAAGAAAUAUCCAUUAACCCACAAUCGUUUGUUGGCAUCGCGGAAGUAAUUAAGAAAAAUGGCAACAGCAUAUUUUUGUGGGUUUUGAAACAAAACAAACCGGUAGCUUUCCGAAGAACGAAACUUUGUGAAAGCUAUGUUAGCAAGCAUGGCAAAAUCUCUGUGUAUGACCUGUUUGGAAACGAAAGCUUAUUAAGAAAAAUUCACGUUUUACCUCAAGAGCAAUGCGAAGACCGAUCACUCUUCUCUUCAUUCGCCAACCAACUUACAAACGAAUCAAAUCUGGAAGAUAGUCUCUCAACCUUGCGUCCUCUUUUAGAUGAGGGAGAAGUAUACACAGACCCUGAACCGCCAACACUUUUUCAGGUUUACAACAUGUUGAUUGCUCCCGUGAGUGACUUGCUAGAAGGAUCUGAAAUCAUUGUUGUUCCUGAUCGCUGCUUCUUCCAAGUUCCGUUUGCAGCAUUACACGAUGAAAGUGGCCGCUAUUUAUCAGAUUCUUUCAGGAUACGAAUUGUCCCUUCUUUGACGACUCUCAAGCUCAUUCUGGACAGUCCAGCCGACUCUCACAGCGAAACUGGUGCAUUGAUUGUGGGUGAGCCAAGAGUGACGGAUGUGUAUUUCAAGGGAGUGUUAAGGUAUCUCUGUCCAUUGCCUGGCGCGAAAGGGGAAGCAGAGAUGAUUGCGAGACUACUACCUGAAUCUCACCUUUUAAUAGGAGAGCAAGCAACAAAGCAGGCGGUUCUUCAGAGAAUAACCUCAGUGAGCCUCGUACAUUUCGCUGCUCAUGGUGAUGCCGAAAGAGGAGAAAUUGCUCUUACCCCCGCUGACUCCACAGUGGAGUUUCCACACGAAGCAGACUACUUACUGUCAAUGACCGACAUUUCACAAGUUAGACUGUCAGCCAAACUGGUGGUCCUUAGUUGUUGCCAUACCGCACGUGGACAGAUCAAAACAGAGGGCGUUGUUGGAAUCGCUCGAGCAUUCUUAGGAUCGGGUGCACGCUCAGUGUUGGUGGCAUUGUGGGCCUUACAAGACAGAGCAACAGAGGAGUUCAUGGGAAGAUUCUACGAAAACCUUGUCCAAGGGAAAAGUGCAAGGGAAAGUCUUCACCGGGCUAUGAAGUGGAUGCGAAAUAACGGUUUCUCAGAAGUGAGGCAGUGGGCACCUUUCAUGCUGAUUGGGGAUGACGUGUCAUUUCACUUUGGUGAAGAAAAGUGA